AUGGGAAACAUGCGGGGGAUGUGCACGAUACACUCAUGGUCUGCCCCGAGUGGUGGGCCAGGCCGGGGGCGAGGGGCCCUGGCGUCCCCUCGCAGGCACCGCAGCAAAAUUGCACGACUGGGGGGGCAUGCAUGCCGGCAAAAAGUGAAAAGGGGGAACGCAGGAUGGUGGCAUCCCCACGAGGGUCGAGGGCCAUUCAUGACAGCGAGUGUUUCUUCCUUGGGUUUGAGGUGGUGGAGCAUGCGGCAGAACACAGGGGGGGGGUGA